AUGACGACGGGGGCGAACCAGGAGGGCAGCUAUAGAGAAAUGGCUAAUACAAUGGAACUACCGCGGACGCCGUUGAAGAAGUCGGUCGAUCAGCUGUUAGACAAAGCGUUGGAGGCGUACGAGUUGAAAUUGUCAGGCCUUGACCCUUUCUUCGAGCUGCCACGUUUUGACGCGGACUGUCAAGGGGUGCCGGCGGGCACAGGGGAGAAGGUCGCGGCAUUUCAACACUCAUUAGAAUAG